AUGAAGUUUGCAUUGUGUUUAUUCUUGGCCUGUUUGAGUGUUAGCUACGCCAGCUCAAAUAAUUGGAAGGACAUAACAACGAGACGUGAGCUUCUCAGAGAGGUCAGAGAUGCGGAAGACAAACUUAUGGUAGUAGAAUUUCACUACACAUGGUGUGGAUUUACCACGAAUAUAGAAUCAGCCUUGAAUAAAUCGGCUCUUAAAUAUCCGGACGUUGUGUUUCUCAAGGUGGAUAUUGAGAAAAGCGAGAGAUUGAGACGACGAUACAGAGUCACGGCUUCACCAACUUUCAUUUAUUUCAAAAAUGGAAAAAAACUGACCAAAUUCGCCGAUGCUAAUGUAUCGAGAUUUGAAAGUGUUCUUAACCAAUAUUCGAACAACGAACAACUCCAACAGUUGAAUUCAACCUCAACCCUUGAAUAUAAUUCACGUCGAGAGCUGCGUCUAAGCCAAACUACAUGCUAUUGGCGCCACACUGAAAUACAUUUGAUUUGCAUUGUACACGUAAGCGGUCGGAGUUCGAACUAUCAAAUUACAACAACAAAUUACACAGAUAGGCGCAUCCCUCGAUUCAC